AUGCAAUUGAUGUAUGCAGUGUCGAUGCCGAAAGCGCUUGUUUUGAUUUUAGUUAGCUUCUUUGAAACAUUCUUCAACGGCGGACAACUUACACACCAUCAUGCAUUACAGUGGAAAACCUGUUUCAUUGUGUUCACUUUUGCGUGUGUUGAUGUUAUACGUCACUUAAAAGGUAAAAAUGUUUUGUUUAAUUGUAACUUUGCUAAGAGAAUUUUAUCACUUUUUAUGAGUCGGCUUUUUAACUGUUUACAAACUUGCACAGGAGAAAAUACGGAUAUUGUCAGGAUUAAUGGUAAAACAAUCGUUGUAGAACUCGGCAUACACUUCUUACACUUUCUACAGUUCAGAAGAAACUAA